UACAGAAUUAUAAAUAAUAGUUUCAUCUGUGGAAUACUGCUUUCCCUGUUUUGUUAAGUCAUUCCAAACCACGUUGUUAGCACAUGGGCUCGACCGACCACUUUAGAUUGUCCAACUACUUAAGCGCGCAGUUUGUAAGUUGGACUGAUAAAGUUUUGUGCCAAGGAUUCGUGAGUUCCAUAGCAGAGAAUUGAUUCACUUGUGGACAUAUGAUUAUCUUUUAUCGUCUUUUGUGUGUUUUCUUCAUCGUGCAUCUGAACAUAAAAUUGGAAGGGGGAGGAAAAAGAGGAGGACUCACGCUCAGUCGCCGGUCUCGUGGCUUCUUUGUAUACAGCAGCUGUGCGUAAAUGCAUGGGCAUCUUCUUGGGCUCUGUCCAACCUUCAUAGGCUUCCGCGGACUCAGAGCACUUGACCCACGUGGGGAAGGAAUACGAGAGGUGAACUCUAAGCUCUGCUUGCAGCGGCAGCUCGUUUAGCCCAGCGCAGCCCGGGUCAGUGCACUGCCCGUGUUUCUCCGUUUGUGGAUUGUCAGCGGCAGAAGCACACUGAGCUGUGUGCAGAGUAGCUCCUGCUUCAGCUGCGCGCCACUCUUUCAACAUGGAUGUACGCUUUUAUCCCGCUGCCGGGGGAAAUUCUAUUCCAGGAGACCCACCGAACCUGGAUUUUGGUCACUGUCUGGGCUACUACAACUUUAACAAGUUCCAGAAUAACAACAACUACAUGAACAUGGCCGAAGCGAAUGGGGCGCUGCUCAAUGCUGGGGAUACGUUCCAUACACCCAGUUUGGGAGAUGAGGAGUUUGAGAUCCCGCCCAUCACACCACCUCCUGAGACCGAGUCAGGCAUGGGUCUAUCAGAAGUGGUCUCUCCAUACCCGGGCAUGUCCGAGCAUACGCACCUGCACCGGGGGCACCUGCUGCCACAGUUCCCCCCACAGAGCCUGGAGCUGCCCUCCAUCACCAUCUCACGCAAUGCUAUGGACCAGGAAGGAGGACCAGGCAAUAAUGGCCAAUCUGUGAAUGUUGGACCAGGCCAUAUGCGGCAGUACCAACCUAACCCAGCCAUGGUGAUGAAGUCUAUAAUCAACAUGCACAGUCCCAAUGGUAUGAUGCAGAGGAAUCAGCUUUCCACCAUUAACCAGUCGCAGAUUAAUGGACAGCUGAGCCUAAAUAUGGGAGGACACAACAUCACCCACACAUCCCCCUCACCACCUGCCAGCAAGUCUGCCACGCCCUCUCCCUCCAGUUCUAUCAAUGAGGAUGAUCAAGAUGACACCACCAGGAUGAUUGGAGAGAAGCGACCAGCGCCAGUAGAUCCCUCAAAAAAGCCCAAGACUCCCAAAAAGAAGAAAAAGAAGGAUCCUAACGAACCUCAGAAGCCUGUGUCAGCGUAUGCUCUUUUCUUCAGAGACACUCAGGCGGCCAUCAAAGGCCAGAACCCCAAUGCAACUUUUGGAGAGGUGUCCAAGAUUGUUGCUUCCAUGUGGGAUGGCCUUGGAGAGGAGCAGAAGCAGGUUUACAAAAGCAAAACCGAAGCAGCCAAGAAGGAAUAUUUAAAGGCCCUUGCAGCAUACCGAGCCAGCCUUGUUUCCAAGGCUGCAGCAGAGUCAGCAGAGGCACAGACCAUCCGCACGGUGCAACAGACUCUGGCCUCCACCAGCCUGUCCCCAGGAAUGGUACUUCCUUCUCCACUGAACCAGCACCCCUCCAUGCCCUCUGCCUCCCAGGCUCUUCAGCAGGCCAUCCCUCGGGCUAUCGCCCCCAAGCCCCUGCAGAUGAGACUAGGGGGCAGUCAGAUUGUCACCUCUGUCACAGUGUCCCACCAGAACAUGAGUCCUGGGAUGCCUCCCCAGAUGCUGGGGCAGAUGGGGGCAGGAGGGGGUAUGGUUGGGGGACAGUCGUCGGCCGUGUCCCAGAUGAGCCCACCCAUGCAGAUGCAUCCACAGCAGAUGCACCAGCAGCAGAUCCAGCAGCAGAUGCAGCAGCAGCACUUCCAGCACCACCUCCAGCAGCAGCUACAGCAGCAGCAGCACCUGCAUCACCAGCAGAGCCUGCAUCACGCAAACCACUUCCACCAUCAACAGCAGCUCCAGCACCUGCAGCAUCAGGCACAGUGUACUCCCCACUCGCCUCCGCAUCACUCCCCCAGCACCCCACACUCCGCCCCCAUAGGCAGCCCUCAACCUGCACAACAACAACAAGCGCACCCCUCCCAAAUCCAAGCCCAUGCCCAGGUCCUGUCCCAGGUCAGCAUCUACUGAGCCCAAAGGAACCGCUGGACCGCAAAGAGAAUAAAAGCAUCAUUCCAUGUUGCUUUUUCACGUUGCACUUAAGAAGUGUGUAAAAGAUUCAGAAUGUUAUACAAAGAACCUGUUUAUUGUUCAGGACUAUAGACUGUAUAUAGCUGGAGCCAACCAUCCACUUUUUGGAUGGGAUGUCUCAAGGUAUCCAAAUUAUGUUUAUAAAGCUGUCUCAAAGACACAUUUGUUACAUAAAGUCUACACAAAAAGCCAUAUCACAAAAUUAUAAUGGAGUGUAGAGUCCAUUUUAGUUUCUGUUCAUGUCAUAAGGCUCUCUGACACAUGCUCCAGUUGUUGAGAGAAACAUGUCUAUAUACAGACUAUGUUCUGCGUGGAAAUGCACUCGUGUACAGGGGGUAACUAGCUGGUUUGUCUAUAAAAUAGGCUGAACUAUGACUCCAGUCUGUCAGGGCAUUGCCUGGCAGUUGUUUGUGAGGUCUUUGAGUUAGUGGACUCCAAACUGACUGGGCACUCAAUAUGUUGAAAGACGUGUGUCUUUCACUGUUUUAUUUAACAAUAAAGCUUUAUUUAUGAGGCCGGAGUUGACAGUCAAGCAGGCUGGCGGACAUUUUGAAUGCCACAAAAGGAUUUUAACAGCUCGGCUGUGGACUGAAUGACUUGCUGGAAACCAGUAAAUCACUCGUCGCUCUGUGGCCAAACACUGGCCAGUGUAUACCAAGACUUUCACUUCUCCAAUCUGUCACUUUUAUUCAUUACAUUCACACAUUUUGUCAUCAAAAGCAUGAAACAAUGUGUUCAAACUAUCAGGGUUUAUAAGGCCGUGGUAUUUGAGCACGUUUCAAUCAUGUCACAAUGUGGCCCUGGCAGGACACAAAAGAGGAACAGAAGGGAAAAAGCUUUGAGAAACUGAAAGGACUGACACAGAAGCUCCAUGAAUCAUUGAUGUCAUCACAUCCUCAAAUGUAGCUGUAAUCUGCUGUACAUGUUGUAUGUGGAGAGUCCACUGUACCCAGAGAGGAUUCACCUGCAGUGGAGAACUGGCAACCCAAACCUUUCUUCUUGAGAUGUUUAAUUAAAUUAUGUUUUAUUUUGUGUAACAAAGGGGAUAUUUUGUGCUAAAUACAAAAUUCAGGAUCAAGGCAAGUACCUUAGUGGUGGAUGUAUUUUUACUGCUCCUUGAUACCACAGUUGUUUUAAAAGAAAUUAGCAGAGCCAGUUUGCUGCACUGCCAAAGCCCAUUCACGGGGCAUUGGAGGUAUUUUUGCCAGCUGUACAAAAGUCCCUUAAAUGAAGUUGUACAUUUUUCAUAUCACCUGAUGUAAAGUUUGAAUAUGUGACGCUUUAAUGAAAACAUUGUUAACGACCUGUGGAUUGCUAUAUCACAUAGUGCAUUUCUGCUCUUUUAUACUUUUUUAUGAGUUACAAUAGAAGCAAGUCAUUUUGUUUGUAAUUUGCUUACAGACCUACUGCUUUGGAAAACUGUGCAUAGAAUAAAAGGAUAUUGUUAUGAACUUGGACAUGUUCUUUUUUUCAGCUCACAAUAGGAUCAGUAAUUUAAUGUUUAAUGAUUUGUGCUCAGCCAUGAAGACUUAUCCAGAGACAUUCCAUCACUAAUAUG